GGAGGGCGGGUCAGCAGCAGCGAGCGGCCCGUGCGUUUGUUGUGGGAGCUCCGUGGACGUGCGAGUCUUGUGUCCUCCUUGUGUUACUUGAAUGCACGCUAGAGAGCGCACAACCACACAGGCGAACACCGACUCGCUCGCUCAGACUGAAGCUGUGGCUCCGGCUCGCACUCGGCCACCAUCGACGAGCGCACAGCACUGACGUGGACGUGCUUCGGACUAGUUCAUGAGAAAUGAGCGGAACUCGAGCCUGAAUCUUUGGGGCUUUUCUCAUUGCUGCCGUGAGGCUUGUUCUUGGUCUUUAUUGGCCCACCCGGGACGCUCCUUUAUUCCACGAGGAGGGCGCGUUUAUGGAUCGGCGCGCGGCGUCCAGCGGCACUGGGACAUCAUCCGACGCUACUCGGUCAUGACUCGCCGCUGGCGCCCCUCCCGUGAACUUUGAUCCAGCAAAGCCUUUGGACAGAACCGACCUCACUGUUGCUCGUUUGUAGGGCUUUUCAAAGUGUCCGCGGGAUAGCAUGGCAAUGGUAGUAAACCAGUGGCCAGAGAGCAUUUCUGCCGAGCCGGCCUCUCAGCUGCAGCUGUGCGGCCAGGAUCCGGGCGGUGGCGGCGGCGCGCCCGGGACGCCCGCCGGCUCUACGCCGGGCAACGACGCGCUGUCCGGGGACAAGCUGCCUAAUGUGGACUGCAUGGUGUGCGGCGACAAGUCGAGCGGCAAGCACUACGGCCAGUUCACGUGUGAAGGCUGCAAGAGCUUCUUCAAGCGCUCCGUGCGCCGGAACCUGUCCUACAGCUGCCGCGGCAACCGCGACUGCCCCAUCGACCAGCACCACCGCAACCAGUGCCAGUACUGCCGCCUCAAGAAGUGCCUCAAAGUCGGCAUGCGCAGAGAAGCCGUCCAACGGGGACGCACGUCCAACUCCCAGAGCAGCCCAGGCCAGUACCUGAGCAACGGCGCCGACCCGUACAAUGGCCAGCCCUACCUGUCGGGGUUCAUCUCGCUGCUGCUGCGCGCCGAGCCCUACCCCACGUCGCGCUACGGCGCCCAGUGCAUGCAGGGCAACAACCUGAUGGGCAUCGAGAACAUAUGUGAGCUGGCUGCCCGCCUGCUCUUCAGCGCCGUGGAAUGGGCCAAGAACAUCCCAUUCUUUCCCGACCUCCAGCUCAUGGAUCAGGUGGCGUUGUUGCGCAUGUCGUGGAGCGAGCUGUUUGUGCUGAAUGCGGCGCAGUGCUCCAUGCCGCUGCACGUGGCGCCCCUGCUGGCGGCGGCCGGCCUGCACGCCUCGCCCAUGUCGGCCGAGCGCGUGGUGGCCUUCAUGGACCACAUCCGCGUCUUCCAGGAGCAGGUGGAGAAGCUCAAGGCGCUGCAGGUGGACACGGCUGAGUACUCCUGCCUCAAGUCCAUCGUGCUCUUCACGUCCGACGCGAUGGGCCUGUCGGACGCGGGCCACGUGGAGAGCAUCCAGGAGAAAUCGCAGUGCGCCCUGGAGGAGUACGUGCGCAACCAGUACCCGAGCCAGCCCAACCGCUUCGGCCGGCUGCUGCUGCGGUUGCCGUCGCUGCGCAUCGUGUCGUCGCCCGUCAUCGAGCAGCUCUUCUUUGUGCGGCUGGUGGGCAAGACGCCCAUCGAGACGCUGCUGCGCGACAUGCUGCUGUCGGGCUCGGGCUACAACUGGCCCUACGUGCCCGCCGCCGUGCAGCGCGAGCGCCCCGUCUCGCUGCACUACAACGAUGGCGGGCCCUGAGGGACGCUGACCGGACGCCUGGCACUCGCCCCGACCACAAGCAAUGACGCGGAAAAAAGGACAAACGCCCAAAACGUCUUUUUUCUCGGACCUUUUUGCAAAACCUUUAUCGUGUGUUUAUACCUGGAGAAAAGUCACAAUAGUGUCCGUAUGCACAGUGUAGCGUCCAUAGCAUAGCGGGCUUCCGCUGGGUUUUAGGGGGCGAGGUUAUGGGUGUGGCCACAAAGCUCAGGUUCAAAAACGGGGUGACUUGAUGUGGGCAUGGGGGGGAAAAAAAAUUAUCCUGCCAAAGUGAGAUGUGCAAGUUUUCUAUGGGGGUCCAAUUUGGGGAAUCACGGUGGACUAGUGGUUCACACACCUGCCUUGUAACUUUUGAGUUCAGUUCACAUGUGGAUUUUCGGCACUCGCAUUCCAAAACGUCACUGAAGACUCCAAAUUGUCCACGCGCAAGAAUGGGAGAGUGAGUCUGUUUCGUUUCAUGGCAGACUCUUGAUUGGCCCUGACAAGGGGUGAGCACUGUUCAACUUUUUUUGGGGGGGGGGCUUCUGUUUC